AUGAAGAAGGCCUCUCCCAACGCUCCAUCGCUGCUCAGGGAGGAGAAAGGAGAGAGCGUCGACCGCUUUGACAACAUGACCAGCAUGCAACAGGACUCCAGCGCCGACAGCUCAGUACAAGUGCCCGUCUGUACACGGCCACAACACGCCAAAAAGACACAGAUAGAGCUGCAAGACACAGACCUGGAUUAUGAGAGCAGUUUCUUCCAUGUCCUCAGAUUCAGGAAGAACUGA